AGUAGAUUGUAAGUGUUCAGUUAUAAAACAUUUUCACAAACUCUCACACUCUUCUCCACAUCACUGACUCCAUCCAGGUGACCAUGGAAAAUGUAUCAGCAGUGACGUCCUUCAUAUUGACGGCAUACAUUGAACUGGAAGAUCACAGAUAUUUAUACUUCAUAUGUUUCCUUCUUUUGUACAUUGUGAUAUUAUUGGUCAAUUUAGUUCUUAUUGUAGUCAUAUGCACUGAGAAAAGUCUUCAUGAACCCAUGUACUUGUUUAUAUGUAGCUUAGCAGUGAAUGGAGUAUUUGGGAGCACAUCUUUAUUACCAUCUAUGCUUGUCUUUUUGUUGUCUCAUAGUUAUGAAAUAUCUCUGACCCAUUGUUUGUUACAGAUAUAUUGUUUAUAUUCAUAUGCUCAUGUUGAAUUUACUAUUUUAGCAGUGAUGAGCUAUGACCGGUAUGUUGCUAUUUGUCACCCGUUACACUAUCACCUCCUCAUGUCUCCUAAGAAGCUAUAUGCAGCUAUUACAUUAUCCUGGGUGAUUCCCUUCAUUUACUUUGCCCUUAUAUUCAUAAUGACUGUUCAGCUGACAUUUUGUGGCAAGAUUAUUGAAAAAGUGUAUUGUGCCAAUUUUCCUUUAGUUAAACUGUCUUGUUUUGAUACGAAUGUUCAGAAUAUUCUUGCCCUGGCAUCAACUUUUGUUUCACCUUUUUCUCAGAUCCUCAUGAUACUGUUUUCCUAUGGACAAAUAUUCAGAAUCUGCCUGUUUGCUUCUAAGGAAUCUCAGACCAAAGCUAUUCGAACAUGCACCCCACACUUACUAACUCUGAUUAACUUUUCUGUGGGAUGCUUAUUUGAGGUCAUCCAGAGUCGUUUCAACAUGAGUCAUGUCCCUCAUAAAGCUCGCAUAUUCCUAUCCCUACACAUGUUCUUAUUUCCCCCAUUGUUAAAUCCUGUAAUUUAUGGAAUUAGCAAUCAAGCCAUUAAAGUCCAUAUUUUCAAAUUGUUUAGUAGUAAAAAGAAGAGUGAACCCCACUCAAGAUGAUGAUGAAAAAAAUUUCAGUUUCUGUUAUUUAAAUUUUGUUCGAAAGGCUGUACCCUGUAUCACUUAGGUUGUCAAAUGCCAGAUUUUGGGCCAGAAUGUCCAGUUGUCUAAUUAUUUGUACAGGCCUGGUUUGCAGUCCCAACCUGACAUUAUAAAUACCUAGCUGAAAUUACUGAAACCUGCCUGCUAGUAUGUGACCAAUUUCUUAAAUCUUCACUGUUACAUUUUUUCUCCAAUUAACCCCCUCCCAAACCCCGGUCAGUGAACCCAAACCUCACCUCUGUCUACACAGACCACACCCACUUAGUUUUGACCCAACCAAUCAAACAAAACCAUUUAUAAUAUUAAGCACUAACAGUGACAGAAGUAUUUUUUUGUUUUUCUCAAAUUGGGUCACUCUCUUUGAAAAAAUAAUAAUAAUGAACUGCACGCCUCAAACUUACACCUAGAAGGAGAGAUUGUGAAUGAUGAGUGCACACGUGAUUUAUAUUCACUUAUUUUUUAACAUUUCACGUGCGGCUGCUCCAAAGACAUUUCCUCCGCCCAUUAUUGGAGAACUCUCUCUGGGAGGCAGACUCUCUGUGGCUCCUUCUGGAGGUUGUGUCUGUGUGUGGAGCUGGAGACCGAGCCAAAUUAGUGUCCGCUACUUUCUGUUAUGUGAAUUUCGGUUUCUUUGGUUUUGGUCAGAGUAGGAACCUUGCUAUUAUUUCUUGUUUUUCUAAAAAGUAUUUUUUCGUUAAAAAAAAAGUUAUUUUCAUGUCUUUAACGUUGCUAGUGUACUACAUUAUGCUUUGUUACAUUUUGGACAAAAAUGUGUUUCUGGUAAAUGUAAAUUUGUCAAUUUUACACCCAUGAUUGUUCCUGGGUUAUUACAUUUUUAAAAUAUCUAUAUUAUAGGGCUUUUUCUGCUUUAUUGGAUACAGUCUAGAGAGACAGGAAGGCCGGGGAGCGAGAUGGUGCUCCAUACACCCUGUUGCUUAGUUACUGCAACUCCAUCAGCUAUUCUGUGAUUAUCACAGACUGAAUUUCUGUUGUUAAAUGACAGGAAAAAUGUGCCCAAUACUUAACUGACAAUGUGCAUUAAAACACAAAGGCACCAUCAACUGAGGUAAAAACUGAACACAGAAAAAGCUGUAUUUCUAACCAAGCCUGCUUUUAUUUUGCAAAACCACAGUGAGCACCAUGGACUUGAGUCAAAUUCAACCGAUGCCAGUGCCAAAUGUGGCCAGCAGCCCCACCAUAACUGACUAGCUAGAUAACAGGACACCAUAAGUGGCUUGCUAGCUAACAUUACACCAUAAUUGACUGGCUAGCUAACAGGACACCAUAAGUGGCUAGGUAGGUAACAUGACACCAUACUUGGCUAGCUAGCUAACAUGACACCAUGAUUGAUUAGCUAGCUAACAUAACGCCAUAAGCGGCUAAGUAGCCAAC